AUGUUAACUACUACGCCACAUUGCCGCGAUUACCCUUGAUUGGAUACUGUGACACCACGGCCCUCUGUUGAAGUUCAGGUUGGAGCUUUAAUUACAAUUUCUUUCUCGGCCCCUCACCACUCAUUUCUCCUGCCGCUAGCCUCCUUCGACGGCGCCUGCAUCGAACAGAACUUCGGGCCUGCCCAACUCUGGCAAGAAGCCUGCAAGCGGUGCGUGCGUCAUGCCGAGCGGACAGAGUUCGCAACCGUUUGCCUGCCAUGGAUUGGCGCACCACCAACAGGGUGA